AUGUCAGUAAUUAAAAAUUAUAUUAAAAAAGGACGAUAUAAUGAGUUAGCUGAUCUUUUUGAUGACCUUAAAUUAAUGUUCAAUAAUGCUAUGCAAUAUAAUCAAGAAGGCUCAUUAAUAUAUAAUAGUGCUAAAAAAUUAUUAGAUGUUGCUCUUGUAAAAGCUCAUGAACUUGGAUAUGAUGAACAUAAACCACGACUAAAAGAAUCUCGUGUUAAUAUUUCAACGAUUCCAAUCAAAGAAGAAUAUAUAGAAUCUUCAGUUAAUCAUCAAUGUCAAUCACGUAAUAAUCGUUCUUCAUCUUCACAAUCAUCCAAUCUUCAAUCACCUAAUUCUCAACGAGGUCGCCCAUCAAAAAAAAUUCUUAAAUAUAUUGAACAAAAUAUCCAUAAUCUCUAUACUUAUAUACGAGAAUAUCGAGAAAAUAAUAUUAAUUUAAUAACACCAUUUUUACAAUUACCAUCUUCUAGUGAAUAUCCAGAUUAUUAUGAAUCUAUUGAACAACCUAUCGAUAUGUCUAUGAUAAAAGAUAAAAUGGAUAAAGGACAAUAUAAACGUGAACAAGAUAUUGUUGAUGAUUUAAAUCGGAUGUUUAAUAAUGCAAAAAGUUAUAAUGUUGAUGAAUCAUAUAUAUACAAAAAUGCUUGUCAACUUGAAUGUGUAUUAACUAAUAAAUAUAAAAAAUUAAUAAAUAAAAAAGAAAAAUUUAUUCAAAAUCUAAUAUCAAAUCGUACAGUUAAUCAAGGCACAAUAAAAAAAUCUUUAACGUGUUCAUCAUUGAAUACAUUAAAUAAUAAAUUAAAUAAUUUAAUUCAAGCAAUAAAAACUUAUACAGAUCAUCAUGGACGAAUAUUAUCUACAGCAUUUUUAACAUUACCAUCAAAAAUUGAUUAUCCAGAUUAUUAUGAAAUAAUUCAACGACCAAUUGAUCUUAAACGUAUUGAAUCACGUCAAUAUUCAUCAAUUAAUGAUUUAUCUAAUGAUUUACAACUAAUGUUAGAUAAUGCUUGUUUAUUUAAUGAACCUGGAUCAACAAUUUAUCGAGAUGCACUUUCACUUCAACGAGUUUUGAUUAAUCAAAGACAAAAAUUAAUCAAUGCCGAAUUUAAUGUUAAUAAUGUACAGAAUUUAGUUCAAGAUUUAAUAUGGAAUUUAUUUAUACAAACAUUUAAUGCUGAAGAUUCUAACGGUCAUUUUUAUACUGAUUCGUUUGCUGAAUUUUCAGAACAAACUGACAAUGAACCAUUUGAUAUUGUAUAUACAUAUGAUCUGAUUAAACAAAAUCUCAAUCAACGACGUUAUCGACGAUUAGAUAUUUUCCAAGAUGAUUUAUUUAAAGUAUUUGAACGUGCUCGUAAAUUGAGUGCUAUUGAUUCUCAGGUUUAUCAAGAUACAAUUGAAUUACAAAAAUAUUACAUCCGUGUACGCGAUGAAAUGUGUUCUCAUGGUAGCGUACUUCAAUCACCAGCACUUUUAUUUAAUGAAAAUUAUUUACAACAAGAACUUGUUCGUGAACGAACAGAAAAAGAUGCAUUAACAAAUAAUAAUAAUAAUAAUAAUAACCAGAACAGUACAUCAACAACAAAAUCAUCUGAUACGGAUGAAAAUAAAGAAUCUUCUACAAAACCUACAUUAUUAAGUGAAAAUAGUUUAUUAUCGAAAGGUGAAACAUUUUAUAUCGGUGACUUUGUUUAUACGGAACCAAAUGAAGGAAUAAGUGAACCAAAUAUAAUUUGUAUUGAAUCAUUUGAACAUAAAGAUAAUGAAGAUUAUUUUAAUGGUUUACAAUUUUAUCGUCCAAAUGAAACAUAUCAUUUACCAACAAAAAAAUUUCUUCGUCAAGAAGUUUUUCUUACACAAACAGUUGAACAUAUACCAAUGAAUAAAAUUCAAGGUUUAUGUCAUGUUUUACAUGUAAAAGAUUAUUUUAAAUAUCAACCAAUUAUUGAAAAUCAAACAAAUACAUCAUUAAAAUUUCAAAAUUUAGAUAAAGAUAUAUAUGUAUGUGAAUCACGUUAUAAUAUAAAAACAAAAAUUGUUAGAAAAAUUAAAUGGUGGAAUUUACCAGAAAAUAAACGUGUAAAAUUAAUUUCAAGAGAAACUAUACUUGAACCAAUACGUGAACCAUUAAAUAUCAAUAAUGAUAAUUUAUUAUAUCGACAAUUAAUAAAUGAUAAUGAUUUAAUAAAUAAUGAUAUUAUUGAAAAAAUUAAAGAAACAAUUCCAUAUGAUUCUGUUAUUAAUGAAAAAUUAAAUGAAAAUUUAAUUGAAAAAAAACAAUUCUAUGAACAAAUUGUUCUUUCAUCAAAUUGUUUUUAUAAAAUUGGAGAUUAUAUUUAUAUUAAUGAAAAUAGUAAUCAAUUAGAUAAACGAUCUAUAUUACGAAUCGAUAAAAUUUGGAAACAUAAUGAUUCAUAUACAAUUAAUGGUCCACUUUUUAUUCGACUAUGUGAUAUAACUAAUCGAGAACAAUUAAUAAUAGCAACAAAAUGUUCUUAUGAACGAGAAGUUUUUAAAUGUGAUGGUUUAAAUAGACAAAUUUUAGUUGAAAAUAUUAUAGGAAAAUGUUCCGUACUUUCAUUUAAACAUUAUUGUACUUAUCGUUUAACUGAAAUUCCUGAAUGUGAUGUUUAUAUAUGCGAAUCACAAUAUAUUGCCGAUGACCAUAGUCUUCGAUCUUUAACAAAAGGAUUAAAAAGACCAUCAUUAUCAUUGAAAGCCAUUCUGGAGAUAAAACCAAAGGAUACUCCUGGUGGCCCGUUCAAAUUGAUCGACGAUGGCUCGUUUAUGGACGUGGAUGAUCAAACAAACAGCAAUCAUGCCAGUAACGUCGAUGGAGAUGAGCAUCAAUCGAAUCAUUUGAACUUUGAUACGGCCAACAGUAGUAAUAAUACCAAUACUAAUAAUAAUCAGAAUUCAUCAUCAGUACAAAAUCGAAAUAAUAAUAGUCGUAAAAAUAAUCGACGUGGAUCAUCAGCUCGUGCUCCAUGUGGAUAUCUUGUAUUUGCAAGUGAAUCACGAAAACGACUUAUUAAAGAUAAUCCUGGCAUUCCAUUCGGUGAAAUGAGUCGAAUGAUUGGUGAUCAGUGGCGACGAUUGACCGCAAGUGAACGUGAUAAAUAUGAAGAAAAAGCGCGUGAACGAGCAAGAGAACAAGAGGUUAGUAGCGCACCAACAACACAAGCGUCGACUAACACUACCACGACAACAACAACAACUUACGAUUCACAUAAUAUGCCAGUUAUAAAUACACAACGAACGGUAAAUGGUGGUGUUACAGUAAAUGGACAUUAUCAAACAAAUCCAACUUUGUCAAAUGUUCAUGCAAUGAAUGGAAAUAUACAAACAAUACCAAAACCACCUACAAAUGCAAUUGUUACAUGUCCACCACGAACGCAACGACUUGUUCAUUCAGAAGCUUAUUUAAGAUAUAUUGAAAAUCUUAAACCUGAUAAUCAAUUUAUAUCCGAUUGGCCAAAACAAUUAAAAGCUUCAAUGAAUAAUUUAUCAAAUUCAAAUAAUGGAAAUAAUAAUUCACGAACAUUACCAUCGAAUUGGUUUUUAAAUGGUAGUCCCGGUCUUUAUAAUAAUGUUCAUGAAGCUUUAUGGUCAAUGAGAGAUAAUAUGUGGUCAGACGUUAUUCGUAUUCGAAAUGUACUUUCAGAUGAAUGGUAA